AGCAGAGUUGCCCAUAAUAACAGUCGUGCAGUCCGGCCGAGGCGUCUGCAGGCUGUCACUUGCUAAACCCUUCUUAAAUUUAUCUGACAGCAGUCACCCGUUCACCAUGUCUCUCUUCUGGAGCUGUUUAGUGGGGCCUCGCCUGUACAGCGUGUACGGGCAGGUCAGGUCAGGGAAACAGGUCAUUCCAUAUGUUGCUAAUGCACUAGAACAGUUUGGGAACAACAUUAUGAAGGGGCUGAACAUCAUGUACAAUAUUGGCUACUUCGCUUCACCCUUUAUUGCUUAUUCUGUAUACCAGUGGGAAUACUCAAGCUACAUCACUGCAGCCAAGUAUGGAACUGGUCUUGGACUGCUGCUGAUUGUGGCCAUGAUCAUUCGAGGAUUUGGCCGGAGAUUUAACCCAACAUACACAACCUUCAUAAAGGUGCUGAACAAGGCUGGAAAUUACAGACCUUCUCUUGAAGACAUGGAGGCAGUGCAGAACUAUGAAUUUGACUUCUCAGCAUGGCCAGUCAAUUUUGAUUGGGCAAGUGGAGUCCCGGAUGAAAAGAAGAACAGAAUAUAUGUCGUUGGGAUGAGUUUAGUUCGGAGAAAAAGAGGAAUACUCAGUAGGAUAUUGAUGUUACCCAUUGAUAUUAUGGCAUCACUUCUCACAUUCUUGAUUGGAAAACAGCUGAUCUACCCUGGCUGCUCAGAGUGGUUCCAGACCAUCAUAGGACAAAUUCUCAUGAAAGGAAGAGAAAAAUUAAUUCUACACCAAGGAGGACAAAGAAGAAAAGUCACAACACGGGAUGGAAACAGCAUUGAUACAAUGUUUGUGGACAGAAGAAAACAUGGGGAAUAUCCAAAUGGGAAGACAUUGGUGGUUUGCUGUGAAGGAAAUGCUGGCUUCUAUGAGCUAGGAAUAAUGACUGUUCCAUUAGAUGCUGGAUAUUCAGUCCUAGGAUGGAAUCACCCUGGAUUUGGAGGCAGUACAGGUUCACCGUACCCAAGCCAAGAGCAGAAUGCUGCAGAUGUUGUCAUGCAUUAUGCUCUCCAUGAGUUGGAUUUCAAGCCAGAGGAUAUCAUUGUGUAUGGUUGGAGUAUAGGUGGAUACACCAGCACUUGGAUGGCCAUGAAUUAUCCACAGCUUGGGGGACUGGUUCUGGAUGCAACUUUUGAUGAUGUUCUGCCUUUGGCUAUAAUGCGAAUGCCAUCAUGCAUGGAAGGUGUUGUGACUGCUGCCAUUCGCAAUCACUUCAACCUGACACCAGGGGCCCAGCUUUCAAGGUAUCCUGGGCCGGUCACCAUCAUUCGACGCAUAAGAGAUGAGAUCAUUACUACUGAUGAGACGCAGCUCAGUGGGAAUUUGGGCAACAGUCUUCUGGAGAAGCUGCUGAAGAGUCGUUACCCAGCUCUUAUGUGCAAGCAGUCUGUCGAGGUCCUGCACCAAUGGCUCAAUGAAGAUCCAGCAUUUAAAUCAUCCAUCUUGAAUCGCUGGGGUGUGGAUGGAGUACUUUGUUCCACCCUGUUGGCCACAUAUGUCAAUGAGUACAGCACAGCAUUCCCACUCAUGAUUGGCGAGGACAUGAAUGAGGAAGAGAAGACCAGGUUACUGCUUUACCUGGCCAGCAAGCACCUGGUGGACUACAAUGAGUCUCACAACCCCCCCCUGGAUGUAAGCCUCUUCCGCAAGCCAUGGAGGAUUAUCAGCGAUUCUUCAUAUGUUCAGGUUGACUAGGCUUCUGAAAGACUGGAGAAAGAGGAAGGAAGAGGAAGAAAUGCCAGCUGACAUUGAUAUUUUUUUUUUGUUAAACCUGAAAGGAACAUAAGGAAAUUUAUACACCUUGGAGAAAAGAGAUGGUAGAAGUAGUACCGAACAUAUUUCUGUAUAUAAUGAUGAAGUGGGAAACUUGCUGGAGUGCAAGUGUUGCAUAUUAGGGUUGUAGUAAGUCAGCGGUUUUGGGUUGUACAUGUUCCCUCUUUAAAGGAAGAAAAGUUGUCAUGUGGCUAGUCUUAAAUCUAGCAAUAUUUAAGCAGUUGACUUUAUCAGAGAAUGAGUUUCUCAUAAAGGGGCCAGGGGCAAGUGUUGCCCAGCUAGGCAUACAUAUGGUACUGUAAGUCAUUUUAUAAUUGCAUACUGGUGCACCUUUUAAAUAAUUGCUUUUCUGUCAGAAUAUUUUGAUCCAAGUUGGUACUCAAUAUAUUUCCUUUUACAUAUGCAGUAUGGUCACAAGAUAUCUUUUUGUUUUAAUUCUUUGUGAUUAGCAGAUGUCUGUCUGGUAGUCACUUGUGAUUGCAUGUUUGCUGGAGUAUGAAAGACAGUAACAUGAUUGUGCUUUAUUUAUUAUCAUAAUCUUAUUUAUACCAAUGAGAGGCAGACAGACAGAGACAGAAACAGAAACAGAAACAGAGUCAGAGUCAGAGUCAGAGACAGACAGUGAAAGAGAGAGAGACAGUGACAGUGACAGUGACAGUGACAGUGACAGUGACAGUGACAGUGAGAGAGAGAGAGAGAGAGAGAGAGAGAGAGAGAGAGACAGACAGACAGACAGACCAAGAGAGAGAGAGAGACAGACAGACAGACAGACAGACAGACAGACAGACAGACAGACAGACAGACAGACAGACAGACAGACAGACAGACAGACAGACCAAAAGAGAGAGAGAGAGAGAGAGAGAGAGAGAGAGAGAGAGAGAGAGAGAGAGAGAGAGAGAGAGAGAGAGAGAGAGAGAGAGAGAGAGAGAGGGAGGGGGAGGGGGGCAUUCUGACAGUGUGGCUGACUGAGUAACUGCAAGAUAAAGUAGGUACCAUCAAAAGACAGAGGAAGGUAAAGUAAAUCUAAAAAGUGUUGAUAAUUUCAGGCUUAGGUAACAGUUUAUAUCUGAAAUAGAAUUUGGUUCUAGAAUUAUUGUUUUAGUACAGCUAAACUUAAGGUACAGUUUUCAGAAACAAUAAUAAAUAUAUAAAAAAAAUAAUUAAUGCUUCAUCUUCCUUAAUACUUCAAAAAGAGAAGUUGAAACUUACCUUCUUCAAAAUGUAUUAAUUGUACUUUGUAUUAUGAUAGCUGGUGCAAUAAGAUAAAUUUGAGCUGCUUGCAAAGUCACUGCAACAGAUGAGAAAAAUGUCUCAGGUUUCUAUGCACUAUACUGUUUCACUAUAAAAACGAAAUGCACUGUAGUUCCACAAAAUUAUUCAUUGCAACAAUGUAAAUGUGUUACCUGAAAAAAAACAAUAUGGUAAGCAGUAUUGCUUAUGGCUACCUAAUCUAUAUGUGCUUGAUUUAUCUCAUAAAUGACAAUACAGGAAUGUAUAUUAUGCACAGAAUGGGUCUUCUGAUAUCCUUGUGAAUGUGUUAUUUAUAGCAUGGUGUUUCAACAGCAUGCACGUAUCCAUGUGUUGGGAAAAAACACUUCCAUAAAACUGAUACUUAAUAUUUAAACUGUGACAUAUCUUUUUAGAGAUCUGAUUGGUGGAAUAUAGCUUAAGUCUUGAGAUUUGCUUUUAAAUAUAUCAUGCAUUUGAAA